AUGGAAGAUUAUGGGGAGAGAGCAGAGUUGAGGAGAAUGCAAAGGGAGCAAGAAAGAGAGAGGCGACGAAUAAGAGAUAGGGAAAGGAGACAGUCAAUGACUCAAGAACAAAGAGAAAGGCAUCUUGCUAGAAGAAGAAGGAACUACCAACUCAGAAGACAGAGAGCUGCAAACAACAACAACAGAAUCUGUUUUCCUCUUGAUGAAACCGAUGCAGCCGCCACCACUAGCCAUGAUGGCCAUGGCCAAGCAAGCUUUAUUGUUCCUUGUUCCAUUUCAGACUAUAGGGUCCUCCAAACUGAAUCAUCAGAGCAACAAUCUUCGCAUUACAUUGAUGGUAGCAUACGAAAGUCCUUGCGAUUGAACCGCGUGAAGCAGCUUGCACGAUCGCUGAAUUCGCCUUCCAAAGAGAUUUCAGCUCAGAGCCAGAAUGAUAAAGUGCAACAAGCAAAUAAUGUAACCUUCCCAGGAACGACUUAUGGUGACGGAUUCAAUUGUUUCUGA